AUGCUUGGUUAUGACGAAUUUUUUCCAAUUCGAAAAACAUAUGCAACUGACAGUGGCCCAUACGCUGUAGCUCUUGGUGAUUUUAAUAACGACACCCAACUAGAUAUCGUCGCCGCUAAUAAGGAGAACAAUACCAUAAGUAUUCUUCUUGGAUAUAGAAAUGGUUCUUUUGCAAACCAAAUGACAUAUUCAACUGGCUCUUGGCCAUACUCUCUAGCUGUUGGUGAUUUUAACAACGACAACCAUCUGGAUAUCGUCGUCGCUAAUUUUAAUGAUGGCACUGUGAGUAUCCUUCUUGGAUAUGGGAAUGGUAAUUAUGCAAAUCAAACAACAUAUUCAACUGGCUCUGCCCCACUGUCUGUAGCUGUUGGCGAUUUUAACAACGACAAUCAUCUGGAUAUUGUCGUCGCUAAUGCGAAGGACGACACUGUUAGUCUCCUUCUAGGAUGUGGAAAUGGCUCUUUUGCAAAUCAAACAACAUAUUCAACUGGACGUUAUCCUUUAUCUGUAGCUGUUGGUGAUUUUGACGGCGACACCUAUGUGGAUAUCGUGAUCGCUAAUUUUCUUAACAAUACUGUUAGUCUACUUCUUAGAUAUGGAAAUGGCUCUUUUGCUGAUCAGACAACAUAUUCAGCUGGCUCUGCCCCACGAGCUGUAGUUGUUGGUGAUUUUAACAACGAUACCAAUCUGGAUAUUGUUGUCGCUAAUGAGAAUGACAAUACUGUAAGUGUCCUUCUCGGAUAUGGAAAUGGCUCUUUUGCAAACCAGACCACAUACUCGACUGACUUUAAACCAUUGUCUGUAGCUGUUGGUGACUUUAACAACGACACCCAACUGGAUAUCGUCGUUGCUAAUUUUGGUGGAAACACUGUAAGUGUACUUCUCGGAUAUGGUGAUGGAUCUUUUGCAAAUCAAAUGACAUAUUCAACUGGCUCGACCCCACAAGCUGUAGCUGUUGGUGAUUUUAAUAACGACACUCGACCGGAUAUUGUCGUGGCUAAUUUUAAUGGCAACACUGUAAGUGUACUACUUCGGUAUGACAGAGGAGCUCUGGAAGAUAAAAUCACAUUUGCGCCUGCCGAUGGUUCUCGUUUGCAAAGUUUUGCUCUUUUUGAUUUUAAUAACGAUAGUCUAUUGGAUAUCGCUAUUGUCAAUUACGGUACUAAUAACAUAGGUGUCCUUCUUGGGUAUGAGAAUGGCACUUUUGGAAACCAAAUAGUACUUUCAACAGGCUUAAAUUCUCAUCCUUACUACAUCACUAUCCAUGAUUUCAAUAAAGAUGGUCAAGCAGAUAUAGCCGUGGCCAAUUACGGUACUGAAAAUCUUGUUACAUUUCUCGGAAAUGGGAAUGGAACAUUUGAAAAUCAAGCAAGUUAUAAUGUAGAUUUCGAUUUCGCUCCACUGAUUAUUGGUGCCAGUAGUUUUAACAAAGAUGGACGCUCAGAAAUUUUCGUUGCAUAUGAGGGCAUCGAUUAUGUAGACGUGCUUGUUACAUACGACAUUGGAACUUUCAGUGAUCACAUUAAAUAUUCAACUCGGAGCGGGCCCAGAUCUGUAGCUCUUGGCGAUUUUAAUAACGACAACCAACUAGAUAUUGUCAUCGCUCAUCAACUAUCCAACACUGUAAGCGUAUUUCUCGGAUAUGGAAAUGGCUCUUUUGCAAAUCAGGCAACAUCUCCAACUAGCUCUUACGCAUGGUCUGUAGCUGUUGGAGAUUUUAACAACGACAACCAUCUGGAUAUCGUUGUCGCUAACGCGUAUGACAACACUAUAAGUGUACUUCUCGGGCAUGGAAGUGACUCUUUUGUAAAUAAAACGACAUACUCAACUGGCUUGAGUCCACUAUAUGUAGCUGUUGGUGAUUUCAAUAACGACACCCGAAUUGAUAUCGUCGUUGCUAAUUCUGGUGACAACACUAUAAAUGUACUUCUCGGGUAUGGAAAUGGCUCUUUUGCACAUCAAACGAAUUAUUCAACUGGCUCUAAACCAAUUUCUGUAGCUGUUGGAGAUUUUAAUAACGACACCCAACUGGACAUCGUCGUCGCGAAUCGACUUGGCUACACUAUAAGUGUCCUUCUUGGAUAUGGAAAUGGCUCUUUUGCAGGUCAAACGAUAUAUUCAACUGGCUCGUCGCCAGUGUCUGUAGCUGUAGGUGAUUUUAACAAUGACACCUAUCUGGAUAUCGUCGUCGCUAAUUAUAAUGACAAUACUGUAAGUGUACUUAUCGGAUAUGGAGAUGGUUCUUUUGCAAAUCAAAUGACAUAUUCAACUGGCUCUGGUCCAUUUGCUGUAGCUGUUGGUGACUUUGGCAAUGACAAACGACUGGAUAUUGUCGUCACUAAUUGGAAUGACAACACUAUGAGUGUCCUUCUUGGAUAUGGUAAUGGUGUUUUUGCAAAUCGAAUGACUUAUUCAACUGGCUAUAGUCCUUCAUCUGUAGCUGUUGGUGAUUUUAAUAAUGACACCCGACUAGAUGUCGUCGUCUCCAACGGUAAUGGGCAAAGUGUCAGUGUAUAUCUGGGAUAUCCUAAUGAAGGUUUUCUAAAACAGAUGAGACUCAUAACUGAGAAUGGAUCUCACCCUAAGUCAUUCGCCAUUGGGGAUUUUAAUAAUGACGGUCAAAUAGAUAUUGCAAUUGUCAAUUCAGGCACUAACAACAUCGGUAUUUUUCUGAGAUAUGAUAAUGGUUCUUUCGCAAAUCAAAUGACAUAUUCAACUGAUUCUUCUCCAUGGUCGGUAGCUGUUGGUGAUUUCAACAACGAUAGCCUACUUGAUAUUGUUGUCGUGAAUCGUGGCAGUGACAAUGUUGGUAUAUUUCUUGGAUGGGGCAAUGGUUCGUUUUCAAGCCAGAAAACGUUUACAACUGGUUUAAGCUCUCAACCAAACGCGGUUGCUGUUGAAGAUUUCAACAACGACACCUUGCUAGACAUUAUUGUCGCUAACUAUGGCACAAACAACAUAGGUGUGUUGCUUGGUUAUGGGAAUGGCUCGUUCACAAGUGUCAAGCUUUUUUCGACCGGUUAUGGAUCUCUUCCGUUCUCAAUUUCUGUUAAUGAUUUAGACAAUGAUGGAAAAUUGGAUUUCGUCAUCGCCAACGAAGGUGCUGACAAUUUAAACAUUUUUUUACAGACCUGUUGAUAUCACCACUAUUGGCUUAAGCUUUUUUUUCCCAUUGAUUUAUUAUUCCCAACUUCUACU